AAUGAAACAAUAUUCAAACUUUAUGACUCGAUUCUCAACAACACCAAGAAAAUAUACUCAAUUGGAAAUCAAUACAUAAUUUCCAGACAUGGAGAACGGAACAGUAACAAAUGGAGAGAAAACUCCAAAUCACCCACGAACUCCCAGUCUGACUUCCUUUUCUUUGACGGAAUAUUCAGCAAAUCCAUCACCGCCAUCAGAAAGUACAAAAUCAAACGUUAGCAGCAUUGUCCCGCAGGAAUUUAUUCUGCCAAACGGAUAUCCUGAUUAUCUACGAUUAAUCCUCACUUCUCGAGUCUAUGAAGCCGUCAAUGAGACCCCGCUCACUCCAGCUGUCAACCUCAGCAAUCGAUUAGAAUGCAAUGUUUUACUGAAACGCGAAGACCUGCAACCGGUUUUCAGCUUCAAAUUGAGAGGCGCAUAUAAUAAAAUGGCACAUUUAGACCCUAAAGUAAGUUGGAAAGGUGUGGUUGCAUGUUCGGCGGGAAAUCAUGCACAGGGCGUUGCGUAUUCGGCGCGCAAACUCAAAAUGCCUGCCACGAUUGUUAUGCCCGAAGGAACACCUAGCAUCAAACAUCUCAAUGUAACGCGAUUGGGAGGAUCAGUAGUAUUGCAUGGGCAGGAUUUCGAUGCUGCGAAGGAGGAGUGUGGAAGACUGGAGAAAUUACAUGGAUUGACGAAUAUUCCGCCGUUUGAUGAUCCAUAUGUUAUUGCGGGUCAAGGUACGAUUGGGAUGGAACUUCUCAGACAAACGAAUAUUCAUAAGCUGGAGGCUAUUUUCUGUUGCGUGGGUGGUGGUGGGUUGAUUGCGGGGAUUGGUGUCUACGUCAAGCGUAUUGCUCCCCAUGUGAAAAUCAUUGGAGUGGAGACUUAUGAUGCAAAUGCUAUGGUACAAUCUUUGGCAGCUGGAAAGAGGGUGACGUUGAGGGAAGUGGGCUUAUUCGCCGACGGAGCGGCUGUAAAGAAUGUGGGAGAGGAAACAUUCAGAAUAUGUCAAGACGUCAUUGAUGAUGUUAUUCAAGUCACUACGGACGAGACAUGCGCAGCUAUCAAGGACGUUUUCGAAGACACAAGAUCCAUUGUCGAACCAGCUGGAGCUCUUGCAUUAGCAGGACUCAAGAAAUAUGUUGCGGCCAACCCAUCUCCUGAUACUUCUCGAAAUCUUGUGGCUAUUGCUUCUGGAGCAAACAUGAAUUUCGAUCGUCUUAGAUUCGUUGCCGAGCGUGCAGCUCUUGGAGAACGUAAAGAAGCUCUUCUUAGUGUCAGCAUUCCUGAAGUUCCCGGUGCUUUUUCUGAACUCAUCAAAGCCGUCAUGCCACAUGCCGUCACCGAAUUUUCUUACCGAUACGCCACGGAUGAAGUAGCAAAUGUACUCAUCGGUAUUUCUCUCACCUCUCCUGCAUCACAAAGAGACGAAGAGCUUCAAUUUCUCCUUAAUCGUAUCUCAUCCAGUGGCAUGUCACCUACUGAUCUCUCCGGCGACGAACUUGCCAAAUCCCAUAUUCGCUACCUAGUGGGUGGUCGCUCAGGAGUACCAAACGAACGACUCUACAUGUUCAACUUCCCUGAAAGACCAGGUGCGCUAGAGAAAUUCCUCACUACCUUGAGACCGAGAUUCAACAUCAGUCUUUUCCAAUACCGUAACGCAGGAAGUGAUAUCGGAAAGAUUCUGACGGGUAUCCUGUGUCCGGAUGACGAAGUCAAGGAUUUGGAGAGAUUUUUGAGGGAAAUCGGAUAUCCUUGGACGGAUUGUACAGAUUCACAAGUAUUCAAGACGUUUUUGAGAUCAUAGAUUUUGAUUUAUGGGAGGGUUGGAGGAUUAUGAUGAUGAGAGAUGCAUGAGCGGUGAAUAUUCACCAUUUAUGGGCGGAAUUAUGCAUUAUAUUAGCUCGGCGUUUUUGGGCAGUUCAUUGUAGAUAAAAGUCAUUGGGCAUGGCGAUGACUUUAUGGCGUUGCAUAGAUUAUAAUCGAACACAUCGUAGAUUUCAUACAUGGUUCUUUGGUGGCUAAAUUUUCAAAUUGGUACAAAUACUUGUGGAAGAAGAAUUCUUUUCUCGACGUGGUGGGAUUGAACAAGAAUCAAAGCCUCACCGGGAGUUUUCUGUUCACAACUCAACUCUGUAAACUUCAUUUUGAGUCUAUCAUUCUCUUCGAAAACUCCUAUUUAUGGAAGGAAAAGAGCGCAGUGAUGAAUUGGUUGGCAGAAUCUUAUUGUGAGGUUGGAAAUCACAAAAUGAUUGAAUCUCUUGCCGUCUGGUAGAAGAUAAUCACAUGCCACGC